AUGGGGAACAAUGACUCGCCCAACAAGCUUAUCAAGUUCUUUGAAUCCCUGUCCUCCGAGUCCUCCGAAUCCUCCAAUCGAUCACGCCUUGGGGCAUUCGUACAGCUGUGCAGUUCGGCCCGUGUAGCGGCCCAACAGGCCUCUCUCUCUUCUGUCGCAAACUCCCUUCGCAAACUCUACCGCAAUGACAGCGUGAACUGGGGCCAACUUGUGUUUCUCAUGACCUGUGUGAUCACCAUGGCUGGCUGCGGUAUUUUUUCCUCCCUCAGGCGGCGCUCGCCAGCCAAAAAACCUCGAUCGCAACGGUCCACCAUGCGCAAAACUUUGACCAAGUCAUCUUCGAAGACACUUACCUCGUCGGAUGAUGAUUAUGAAGAUGAGGAUUAUGAUAGCAAUGGGUCGCUGCGUCAUGCUACCCUCCCAUCUCGCGCGACCGACGAGCACGCAUCUCAGCCUGAGAAAAAUACAUCCGAUGGUAAGUCAAAAUCUCUUCCCGUCGCCAAGGUUGCGCCUAACGAGAACCCAGCUUUCAAAACAGACCCUGGUAUUCUGAAGAAGUUCACUUCUUAUCGAAAGUAUACCACCUCCGUGGCAACUUAUCCCGAAAUUCGAACUUUCUUUUGUCGACACCCGCACCUGGACCGUCUUCCGAGCAAACCUUCCCCAAUCCCUUUACUUGUGUUUGUGCACGGCCUCGGCGGAUCGCUCGCACAAUUCCACCAUCUUCUCACUAGUCUUUCGAAUGUCGGAUCUUGCUUUGGCAUUGAUCUGCCUGGCUGCGGCCUGUCGAAGUUUGAGCCAAGUAACUGGGAUGCAUACACCGUGGAAGCCCUGGCGGAGUUGCUAGCAGUCGCUAUUGAGCAACAACGGGACCCUGAUCAAGACGUGAUUCUGGUGGGUCACAGUCUGGGAUGCUCUUUGUCUGCACUCCUCGCUUCGUCCACCUCGCCUAUUGAAACCUCUCUAAGGGAACAUAUCAUUGGAUUGGUCGCUGUGUGUCCUCGAGCGUCUCCUCCGUCUCCUCAUGAGACCGCAAUUGCACGUCGCCUUCUUCGCAUCCCUGGUCCGAUCUUUGAUCUGUGGCGUUACUGGGAUCGACGCGGCGGUAUCCAGAGUGCCAGUGUUAUGAGAAUGGUCGGCAGUGAUGCCGAUGCGGAGACAAGAGACCUUCAGGUGCGCUUCAACAAGCAAAGCCGGACUCCCGUGUGGCGCCGGAUGGCGUGGGGCUCCCUUCCGACUUAUAAAGGCGAUGAAGCCAUUGGGGGCAUGCCAGGCGAGAAAGUAUGGGCUGGUGUCCAUAUGCCAAUUCUACUGGUGGCAGGAGAGGCAGAUGCAGUGACGAAACCGGAGGAAAUUAAGAAGCUUUUGAAAUAUUUUGGCAGCGCUUCAGCCCAUACUGCAAUCGACACCACGGGAAGCAGCACCAUCCCAGACGCUUCACGAGUCCAAGACCAAGUGUCUUCACCGCCAAACAGCUGUUCUCAUGUUGUCCAGGUGGUGAUUGACAAUGAAAAGCCAACCAAGUCCACCUCAGGCAGCCCGCUCAAGAGACUGGUUAAGUCAGCCAUCCUGCCGGCUCCUGCAUCACAUGCUCUUCUCUACGACCGGGCCACAUACCGCACUUUGGCUGGCAUCAUCCAGGGAUUUUUGGCCUCAAACAUCGACAAGCGCCUAGGGCUGGGAUGGCAAUUACAACAAAUGAACACUUCAGGCAAAUGGGACGUGAAGAACCUCGCCAAAUGGCAGAAGGUUGCCCCAGUCUCAGCGCCAAUUGCGAAUACUUUCCGGGCGAUGAAGAUGCUGCGGGAGGUGGACGAACAUCACAACCCAGUCAAGUUCUCUGCGGAGUAUCGCGACCAGAUUUAUGCUGUCAUCGACAUCAGCCAUGAGAGCCCUGUCUACAGCCCGUCGCAAAUGGAAAGAGGCGGGAUUCGUUAUUGUAAACAUCCUACCGUCUCGAAGCUCCCUCCGACUCCCGACGAGACUCGAGAUUUUAUCGCUCUGGUUGACCGCUUGCAGAAGGACAUUGACGAUCAGAUGGAAAAGCGAGAUGAUCCAUCACUGCCGCGUCCACUAAUUGGCGUUCACUGCCACUAUGGGUACAAUCGGACUGGCUUCCUCAUCGUGUGCUACUUGAUCGAGCAACUGGACUAUCCUGUCAAAGAUGCAGUGGCUGAAUUCAACCGGUGCAGACCCCCUGGCAUUCGACAUGAUCACUUCAUUGAUGAGCUCCAUGCUCGAUAUGCGGGAAUCAAGAGAGUUCCCACUCUGUAA